UCUGAUGAGAUAAAGACAUCACAAUGUCGUCGUUCAACCUGAACACAGGACAGGGUAGAUCCCUGAGAGGGUUUGAGAACAGAUCCAGCGAUGUCUUCGGUUCUCUUGGUGGUCUAGAGAAGAACUACGAUGAAGCUGUGAAGGAGAGAGGACCGGAUGAAUUCAUAGACGAGGACAGAAGAGAAAGCCCAGAGAGGGACUUCAAGAAACCUGCCCCUCCCCGUCCCGAUAGUGGUAGAGGCCGUAGUGAGCAUGGAAGCAGGGGAGGAUGGGAUCGUCCAUGUUGGAGGGGGAGGGGUGGCAGGUUGUCCUACCGAGGAGGCCGAGGGAGGCAAAAUAAAACACCGGACCACGAGGUGCAUCCUGAACGAUGGACCGAGUACAGCCUGGAAGACACCGACAUCUCCGGAGAGUCCUCCAACAAGAGAGCCGCUGUAGACUUCCUCAGGGAUCUCCGUAAAAGAAAAGCCGAUGAACAGCACCCAGAGGAAUGGGAUGCCAAGCUACAUUGCGGUAAAGUGGAGUACAAAAAGCCUGUCCUGAAGUCUACUACUGAUGAGAGCGAUCAAGAUGGUAAGAGACAGAGCUAUGGCGAUGUUCAUAAAAUGGCAGAGUUCCAGUUCGGACAAUCGAAACCUAAAGUAAGAAAGCCUAAUUUGUCUGAAGCAUCAGGUAGCGGGCGCAGUACAGUGGCAUCAGACUCAAUCAGCCUAGGUCAUUUGGGUGAAGAGGAAGAAGCCAGCCAAUCAGAAAGCUCCAUUAGACAAACCAACCAAUCAAGCGACAGUAGAAUCCACCCCAUCCAAUCAGAAUCAUCUGAAAAGACUAUUGAGAAUGACUCUGAAGAAGGAAAGGGAUCGCAGAAGUCUGAUGGCGAUGGCAGAAGCAAAACUGAGAUGCCCAUUUUCCAAAGAAAAGCAGGGAAAGGAAAGAAACACAUUCGGGGGAGGAAGACGGAAGAAGAAGAUGACCAAUAAAUUAAAAUGCUAGUUUGUACUU